AUGCUGAAAAACGUUCAGCAUAUUGCUUUGACGUCCGAUUUUUGGUCGACUCGACAGCAAGAAUCGUUUGUUUGUAUUACUGGUCAUUAUGUCAACAAUGAUAUGAAUUUCGAUUCCACGGCUUUGCAUUUUCAAUCAUUCAAGGAACGACAUUUUGCACAUAAUAUAGCUGAGGAAGUAAACUCCUGUCUUCGUGAAUUCGAUAUUCACAAUAAAAUUACAACGGUAGCGUGCGAUGGUGCAGCGAACAUGAAGAAAGCAUUCGAUUCGUAUACCAAUAUUGAUCGCCUGUGGUGCGUGGCACACCGUUUACAUCUGUCCGUCUGCAAUGGCCUUGGGCUUUGGGCAAAACAUACGAAAAAACAGUCCGAUUCCAGUCAAGCUGAUCCUUAUGCAGAUAAUUCAAUGGACAUUCAAACACCACUCUACGAAAAUGGCGAAGUCGACGAUGAAGAUGGAGCGAAUGACGAUUUAAUAGUUGAUAGUUGGGCAGAUGACGUGAUAACUGCUGAUUCGAAUGAUAUUGGUAACAACAGCAACAAUAACAAUAAGUUUCAAAUCACCACAGACAAUUUGGCUACGACUGUGAACAAAUUACCAUUAACAUUAGCACAGAAAGAAAAAUUAUCCUUAUUUGAAUUGACAAGCAACGAUUGGAUAAUUAUCAAUGAAUUAGUCCAUUUACUGGAACCUAUUUCUAAUGCUACGGAAUACUUAUCUGGUUCGAAAUACCCGACAAUCGGCUUGGCUUUGUUCACUCUACGUAGCAUCAAAGAAUUUUUAGAAGAUGAUGAAGAUAAAACAGAUGUGUUUAUCAUCUUGAAAAAUUAUUUCCUCGAUACAUUCAAAGUUUAUUUUAAUGAAAACGAUGAUCAGCACCAUCUUUUAACAUUCUACGGAUAUUUUGACCCAUUCGGAUUCUCCGUUUUAACAACACAGGAGAAAGCUAAAAUCGAACGGUUGAUCAAACAAAAAAACAAAGAACAAGUUCAAUCGACACCUGCACGUGCAUCGUCGUCGUCAUCAGCAUCAACAUUCAGUACAAAUCAAGCCAUGAAUAUUAAUUCACAAACAACUAAUGAAAAACCAGACAAAUUAACCAAAUUCUUAAAGUCAAUAAACAAAUGUGUUCCGACUGAUAAUCGUAAACACAAAACGAUCUCCGAAGAGAUCGCAUAUUAUGCAUCACUAUGCAAACAGCAUCCACGUAUGCAUGCGAUUCCUUUUUGGAAACAAUAUGGACAAGAGUUGCCUAUGCUGAAAAAUAUGGCCAAAUGUUAUCUAGCAACAACUAGUACAAGUGUUCCUUCGGAAUCUGCUUUUAGCUCAUCUGCCCAGGUCGAACAAUCCCAUACUCGGAUCCCAUCGGAUCCCAUGUCGGAUCUCGUCGGAUCCGAAACAUGGAUUUCCUGGACUUUCUAA